CUUCUAAAAGUAGUAUAUCUUUCACGCUCCAUGCAUUUUUCGUGAUAUUCUAGAAAGAACUAAUUUUUUCAAUACGAAAUCAGAUACAUAAAAGUACUAAAUUGGAUUUCCCUUCUUUUAGUUUAUCAAAGUUAUUCGACAUUCCCAACAACAAAGUAAGAGUAAAAUUAAAUUCAGUGUUGUCUUUCGAAGAGAUAUGGCAAGUACCGUAUUCUUUCUUGCACUCUUACUGCCUUUAGUGGUAGAUGGAUUGGAUAAUGGAUUAGCUAUGACACCACCGAUGGGUUGGUUAUCUUGGGAACGAUUUACUUGUAACACGGACUGCAAAAAUGAUCCAGCGAACUGUAUUAGUGAGAGAUUAUACAUGGACAUGGCCGAUCGGCUUGUUGCUGAUGGAUAUAAGGAACUAGGCUACGAAUUUGUUAACAUUGACGAUUGCUGGAUGGAACAUGAAAGAGACACAGACGGAAAAUUAGUUCCGGAUCGUUCAAGAUUUCCAAAUGGUAUCAAAUCAUUGGCUGAUUACAUACAUUCGAAAGGAUUAAAACUUGGAAUUUACCAAGACAUUGGAUCUAAAACAUGCGCCCAAUAUCCUGGAAGUUAUGGAUACUAUGAAAUUGAUGCUGCAACUUUCGCAGAAUGGGAAGUAGAUAUGUUAAAAGUGGAUGGUUGCUUUGCCGAUCCGAAAGAAAUGGAUGAUUUAUACCCAAUAUAUUCCUUGGCAAUUAAUAAAACAGGACGUUCUAUUUUAUUUUCUUGUGAAUGGCCGUUCUAUCAACAAGCAGCAGGAAUAACUCCUAAUUACACACAAAUUGCCACAUUCUGUAAUACUUGGCGAAAUUUCAAUGACGUUGAUGACUCAUGGCAAAGUAUUUUAUCAAUUGUAGAUUAUUACUCAAAAAAUCAAGAUACAUUUGUAGAUGUAGCAGGGCCAGGACACUGGAAUGAUCCUGAUAUGAUACUCGCAGGGAAUUCUGGACUCAGUUACAAUGAAGCAAAGGCCCAAUUCAUGUUAUGGUCAGUUAUGGCAAGUCCCCUUCUUAUGUCAAAUGACUUACGCCAUAUUAGAAAAGAAUUCAGUGAUCUACUGAAAAAUAUAGAAAUUAUUUCUGUAAAUCAAGAUAGUCUAGGAAAAAUGGGAAAACAAAUUUAUAGUAAAAGCAACAUAGAAAUCUGGAUGCGACCUAUAUCUCCAGUAAGUGACAAUUAUAAGUAUUCUUACGCAAUCUUAUUUUUCAACCGCAAUACUUUAGGUGGACCACAAAAGGUUUCAGUUAUACUGAGUUCAAUCGGCUUGGAUAACCCACACUGCUACAUUACUUACGAUGUGUUUAAUGUCAAAGAUAAAACAGUGCAUUGCCCAAAAGACACUUUAACAGUUUCAGUGAAUCCAUCUGGUGCAACAAUGAUUAUUGCGAAAUCUAAGAAUAUGUGAACUGCUUUUGCAACCCCUAAUUGUUCCAGUAAAAUUCUGAAAGUCAUAACGAAAUUUCUCAACAAAUCAUAUCAAAUUUAGUUACAGAUAUACUAAUCUUCUUCUAUCAAAUAAGAACUGUCCAAAAAUUUAUAAUUAAAUACCUGAUAUUAAAAUAAAAUGCUGAAACAGACUUGCAGACUUUGGGGACACGACAUGGUUUUAUAUAUAUAUGCAUUUAUAUAAAGUUAUCAAUUUGAAUUAAAUAGUUGAAAUUUUGAAGCUAAUGAAACUAGAAGUUAACAUAAAUGCUCCAAGAAUAUGCCUUAAUAAAACUUGCCAUUUUUUCCCUGUUAUCA